GUAUAAAGCUCUGUUCCUCUUCUUGCUUAAACCCUUCAUAUCUGUAGCUCGUUGCUUUCUACACUGUUCUCUGGUCAUCUACCACUACCUUGCAUUUGGUAGAGGAACGGUUUGCACCUUGUAAAAAAGUCCAAAGUUACAAUCUUUCCAACAAUACCCGAAAUCCCACACCCCCUUCACUUGAUAUUCACCUAAAAAUGAAACCUUUCUCUUAUUAUAACUUUCAGAAGCUGAAAUGCUUGUUGGGAAAGAGUAAAGCUUUCUUUUGAUUUAUUUGAGGAGGUUGAAGGAUUUGGUUUUGGAGUUUUGGAAGGAGGACCAUCGGAGAGAAACAACUUAACAUCAGCGUGUACUACUCGGGCCUUAAUCAGAGACAGUUAUCUUUCAACAAUUAUCUGUGCCCUGAUUUGGACAAAAAGAGGAAGUCAAAGCCGAAGUUAUACUCUGUUACAAUCCAUGGCUGAGACAUCUGCGAACACCAUUAGCGUGAAAGCCUUGGUGGAUAAGGCGAGCAACCAAAUUAUCUUUAUAGAGUCUGAUAAUGAUUUUAUUGAUGUUCUCUUCAGUUUCUUGACAAUCCCGAUGGGAACAAUUAUGAGGCUGGCCCCUAAUCAGUCAGUACCAUUAGAAAUAGGUUGUAUAAAAAAUUUGUAUUCAAGUGUUACGAAUAUGGAUGUAAAGCAUUUCCGUACUGAAGCAUGUAGAGACAUGUUGCUAUGUCCUCGCAAUGUGGCAGAAUCUCAGUGCAGGAACCUCAAACCGAAGAUUGACAAUGGUGAGCCCACACAGUACUUUUUGUGCUCACGUAACUACAGAGGAGAAUGUAAGUUAAGUUAUAACAAAAUUGGUUCUUGUGAUUGUGGAGGAAGCAUAACUGAGGAGAAAAAUCUUUUAGUGAGUCUAGAUGGAGGCAUCUUUGUGAAAGGACUGGCCAGACUUAUAAUUGGUGAUAAUUUACAAGUGAUGCCACCAUUAACUUUGGAAGGCCUUUCUGUAUUUACAGAGCUUGGAGUCAGGAAUGGGAAUACUACUGAGGAGUUGACUUUCAAUGUAGGAUCUGAUGAGGUUUUGAAUUUGCUUAUAUGCUCGUUAGUAUCAAGGACACCUUUGACAGAAACUCUGCUGAAGAAUAAACCAAUACGAAAGUUGAGCAAUGACAACCAAGGAAUAAAUAUUGAACCUCAAAUAGUUGUAGAUGCAACAGAUCCUGAAGGAAACCUCUCUAUCAAGCUUAUAGUGAGCAAAUCUAAGAAGAUGGUUUGUUAUGCAGAAGUAGGAGAGGAUUUUGUGAAUUUACUCUUCAGUUUCCUAACUAUUCCACUGGGUUUUGUUGUAAAACAAAUGAGGGAUUGCGCAUUAAAAGGAUGCAUUAAUCAGUUGUUCAAGAGUGUCCAAGAUCUUGAUGAUUGCUACUUGAAGUCAGACUACCACAAAGAAAUGCUACUCAGUCCCAAGCUUGUACCUGGCUUUUGCUAUGAGAACCAUCUCUUAGGAACUGAGGAGGCCACAUAUUAUUAUGCACUUGGUAUGCUGUCUACUGAUAAAACUCUUAUCGCUUCUCGUAUUUCAGCUGCUAAGAAAACUAGGAGGUCAUAUUAUGGCGAAGAAAGUGCUCAGACUAGUAUUAAGUCAGUGACAGUCAUGGAUCCCAAAUCCCACAAUAAUCAAGAUAAAAGUGCUGAAGGUCAAGGAUUUUUAGGAGGACAAGCGAUGUUCACAGUAAUGUUCACAGUAACUGACAAUUUGAUCAUAAGACCUAUAUCUCUAAUGUUUGGUCUGUCUCUUCUGAAUGAACUGAAGGUGCCUUUGACUGACAUUGAAGUGAAAAUUGUGCAUGUGCGCAGAGAAGAGGCUUUGCGUCUUUUGGUGGCUUCUUUUGUUUGUGACUCGGCACUAACCAAUGCCUUCAUUAGGGAGCCGAAGCAGAACAAAAAGCCAAAGCAAGAACAAUGUUGAGACCUUGCUUAUGUAUAGAUGUUGUUGCAAAAUGGAAGUCCAAUAUGCAUUUUGGUGUUAGAAUACUUGUUUUGUUGACAUGUACUUGCUAUGUGAUCUGCAUAGAGUGUUGCUAUUAGCGUACGGAUAUGAAUUCUGGGUAUGCUGAAGAAAAAGAUGUAGAUAGCCAGCAUGAAACAAAUUGAUACAUGUAAUGUUUGACGUGACAGUUUGCUUUAUAUUAGUACAUAUAAAAUAUUAAGUUUGGAAAA